AUGCCAGCUCAGCGUCCCCGCGCGAGCUUCGAGCCCAUUGCUCCCACCUUUGAUCUCAAGGAGCUGGUGGAAAAGACCGCCAACUUCAGCUAUGCCGACCGGAUUAGCUGUGACACAAUUGAGCAGCAGGGACUGGUUGCGUUCGAAAAACUCAUUACAAUGCAGGUCAUUGUCGGAGGCAAGCCACUGGUGAUUGAUGGCUUCGAUGAUCUCCUAGAUCCGUGGACAUUCACCCCGAAAUGGUUGCGUGAUAACUGCGGGGAGAAGGUGGAGAAUGCGCGGAACCUCACGGCCAAGGAGAAUCUUCCGCUGUCCAUGGGCCACUACCUCAAGAACAUGGGUCUGUUGACAAACCAGUUCUUCGACAAGCCGGGCGCAUACCGUGAAAAGGGCAGACAGAGAGUGUAUCUGAAGGAUAUCGACUGUCCAGCGGUUUGGUGGGAUAAGCUAAAGGACCACAUCCCUGGCAGUGUUUCCUACCUGAAUGAUAGUACGGGUGAACCAGGUGGGCCUGGUGCUAUCCCAGAUCCGACGAGCAACAUUCCUGGUCGGAGACUAGGACGAGGUAUUGCCAGAGCUGGGGACCUGAUGAGUUCUCUUCCACCAGACAUGCGUGCGGAGAAUUUGCAAUGCUACAUUGGCCACGAGGGGACGUACACGCCUGCUCAUCGCGAGAUGUGCGCAUCACUCGGUCAGAAUAUCAUGGUAGAAGCAAGCGGUACUGUCUCCGACGAUGGGAGAGCAGAAAAGCCAGGGUCUUCUAUCUGGUUCAUGACCGAGUCCAAGGACCGCCACAUGGUUUCCGAAUACUUUCUCUCCGUCCUAGGACACGAUAUCGAAGUUGAAAAUCACUUCGCACAGGUCGUCGCCUGGAAAAAGGCUCCCUUUAGCGUGUACAUCGUGGAGCAACGCCCAGGGGAUUUCAUAUUGAUCCCACCUCUUGCUCCACACCAAGUCUGGAAUCGUGGAACACGCACGAUGAAGGUAGCUUGGAAUCGAACUACUGUGGAGACACUGGAAAUGGCUUUGAACGAGGCUCUGCCACGCAGCCGCAUUGUGUGUCGAGAUGAACAGUACAAGAACAAAGCGAUUGUCUACUACACUUUACAGAAAUAUGCCUCGCUACUCACACUCGCCCAAACGCAAGCAAAACGCAUCCCUGGCGAUGCAGCAUCUCGCCACCUCUACUCUGGCAAAAUCAAGCAGCUCAUCAAGGAUUUCAAGCGUCUGUUCAACAUGUACAAGCAGAUCAUGCUCUCGGAAUCUUUCCAUCCUGACGAUCGCGAAGCGAUAAAGGCUGAAUACGUUCCAUACGACUCCAACGUCACUUGCGCCUAUUGCAGAGGCAACAUAUUUAACCGAUUCCUCACAUGUGGCCAUUGCAAAGACCUGCUUGGCCAUGACACAGACGAGGGCGAUCCUUACGACGUGUGCAUGGACUGUUAUGCAAUGGGCCGCUCAUGCGCCUGUAUAAGCGGCCUGAAGUGGGUGGAACAGUUUCGGUGGAAGGAAUUGACUAACAAAUACGACGCAUGGCGCAGAAUCAUCUUGGAGCUAGACGGCGGUCAGACUGACAAAACCCCUCUUCCGCUGCUAGAAGAAAGGCGGCGAUUGACCAAGAAGACGCUUGCAGAAGUGUGCAAGGAUCAGUUGAAGCGACGUCCUUUCAAAGAUGUCAAGAAACCCGAAUCGAAAAGCGACGACGAGUCAGACGAGGAGAUCAUUGUCGGGGACGACGGCCAGGUCAAGAAGAUUUUGAAGAAGAAGAGCAAGACGUUUCUGAAGAACAACCUACCGUGUCACGUGUGCUGCCACAGGCACCCAGUCUGGAAAAUGGCAAAGUGCACGACUUGUGAGCGCUCUUGGUGCUAUGGAUCGCUCUUCCGUGGUUGGGACAAAAUGCCUUUGCAAAUCAUGGAGGACCCAGACUGGACCUGCCCGCAUUGUUUGGGUAUAUGCUUCGCAGGCGCGUGUAAGAAAGAGGGAAAGAUGAAGACGUACGAACCGAAGGGGACUCUUCUUGGGCACGACACCAAAAAGGUUGCUGAUGCACGAAGUGUGGAAGCACUGGUCGAUUUCAGCGUUUCGAAUCUGAAUUGGCUGAAGGACGAUUUACCUGAGAAGGGCAGCGAGUCUCGGAGGCUGCAGCGCGCGAGGGCAGAAGCGGAGAAGAACAAGGGAUCUGGUGCGAUUGACGAUGACGAUGAUAGCGCUGCCGUGGAUGUGACACAAGUCGAGAUGGAGUAUUCGCCGAACGCAACUCCAAUCGACCCUGCUCUGAUGAGUGGUGCGCUUCCUGAAGAUGAGGAGACACGGCUUGCACAUCAGCUCCGGCUUGCAAACGCAGCACUUCUCCCGCCUCCUGCAGCUAUGGUCGCAGGUGCUGCACCAGAUGGCUACGCACCUCUCCCCGCCGCCGGUUACUCUGGCUUUGCUCCUACAGCGUCCAUGUACCCCCAGCCUGACGAUGGGUCGUCCAACUACGUCUAUCCUGGUCAGCACGAGGAGAGCCCAAGCGGCGACAACAUGGACUCUUUGCGACCUUUCAAGAAGCGGCAACGUAGCGGCCAUGAAGCUGCAGGUGAUGAUGAUUUUGACGGUGACAUCUCUAUGCAAAAGGCACCCAAGCAAAAGAAACCUCGUCUUAUGCAAGCCGGCUUCCGCUCGUUUGAUCUCGCAGAGAAUGCAACUGGCCCUUCUGCUAGUAAGGCCAAGAAUGAAGCUCAGCGGCAGUUUGAGAAGGAAAAGGAGAGGAAGGCCUUGGAGAAAGCCAAAGCCGACGGAAGAUUCAUCAUCCUACAGGCUGCAAUCAAAGGCAAACAUCGGCAUGUAGUGCUCCGGGUCCCUGGAGCCAGACUCGCUCAAUUACUAGCUGUGCAAGCKGCAAAGGCUGCAAUACAUGGAGAUGAUAUUGACGCUGAGCACGAGCAUGAGCACGACGAUACAACGAUAGCUCCGCUUCCAGGACCUACGGUACACUUUGCUCAGGGUGACGCUGACGAGCAAGAUGCAGGGUCGCUUCUGAAAAGCGAUAUUGCCCCCAAGAAGACCCCGAGCACGAUUCGCGAGGAGCGAGAGCGCAAGAUGCGAGACGGUAUAGUGCUUACAGGCAACACGAAAAAGGCGCUCGUCCCUGUUGAGAAGGAUGAAACGUAUGGAUAUCGGCCCCGGGAGAAGCAGAAUGGCAAGUGGGUCGCUAUAAAAGAGGUGGAGCCCACGGCUGCAAGUGCCAAAGGCAAACGCAAUCGAGAAAGCAGAGGUGGACACGUGGAAUAUGAAGAGAUUGACAUUGGUAGCGACGACGAUGGCAGCGGGGUUGAAGAGAGGGAUGGGUUCAACGCCAUCAAUGGUGGACGCAGUCGCGCAAGUGGUAGCAACAGCAGAAGGAGUUUACCCGGAUACCUCAACGAUCGCACUUAUGAUGGACCAGAUCAGCUGCCAGAUACUUUUCGCGAUGGCGAUGUCCACGGUAGCAGAGCCGGCCGGCCGAAAAAGAAGCGCACUAGUGAUACCGCGCACAUGGAGGCUGCGAUGAGACUUACCGAGGCAGCCCUCACGAGUCCGGAGCCCGCUGUUGCUGCAAAGAGUGCGAAGCCGAAUGGCGCGAGGACCUCUUCAUUUGGAGGCAAGCAACCGAGUAUGCGGCCCAGCAAUGGAAGUGGGAACGCUCCUAUCGAACUUUCAGACGGGAAUCCAUCGUCUAGCGAUGAUGAGGAGGCUGCUCCCACGCCUGCUCCUGCGCCUGCCUCCGCUCCCAAGAUCAAUAAAUCAUCGGGACCUAGCGCUGCUCAGCGAGCGCAAGCUGAAAUGGACGAGGCCAACCGUCUGGCGAAGUUGCAAGCAUUUGCGAUGGUCGACGGCGGCGAUGACCUAUUCGAUGAAAGCGACGAUGACGGAGAGGAGGAGAUUCCUGCCCGAAAGGUGCAGAUUUGA